AUGGUUUCAACCAGUACGCCUAGGAGACCAAAUGCUGCAACAGCUGAGGUAGAUUCGCAAAGUAAUUCAUCAUAUAGCCCAUCAGAUGGUGGUGACUCUACGGGAUCGAUCUUCCAAGUUCCCCCACGCCCUUUAUUGCCCGGGGAUGAUAAUAGUGAGAAUUCGCCGGUUCCAAUCGGGAUCGGUAAAGAUAAUGAUGAUGAUGAUGAAAUCGAUGACAUAGACGAGAAACAGUCGAAGCUAAAAAAUAAAAGAACUAAACUGGAUCCUUCUCAUAUUGUCCCAGCUUCUGAAGCUCGCGGUCUGUUGGGAUGGUGUUUAAUAAUACCUGAAUAUAAAGAUGCAAGAGAUUACCCAUUGUUUUACAAGCGGAUUUUGCUAGUCAUAAUAGCUUUCGCUUCUAUGAUUGCUCCCUUGGGUGCAAAUAUCCUCUUUCCCGUAAUCACUCACAUUGUUGAUGAUUUCAACACUACUCCAACUACAGUUAAUAUUUCCGUAGGAAUAUACUUAGCUGCUAUGGGUUUUUUCCCCAUUUGGUGGUCUGGUAUAUCUGAAAGAAAAGGUAGAAGAGGUGUUUACAUAGUUUCCUUUGCUCUAUCGCUAGUAUUUACAAUUGCAUCAAUACUUGUGUCCAGUAUUGGUGCUUUUAUUGCCUUAAGGCUGUUGGCAGGAGCAUCGGGAGCAAGUGUGUUAAGUGUUGGGGCUGGUACGAUUGCAGAUUUGUUCAUUCCAGAAGAGAGAGGUGAAAACAUGGGACUAUACUAUCUAGGACCACUUUUGGUGCCGCUAUUAUCUCCUUUAAUAGCCGCCCUGCUGACACUUCGUUUUUCAUGGCGAUCCACGCUAUGGUUUCAAGCGAUUUUAGGCGGUGUCAGCCUUAUGUGUUUAGUGCUAUUGCUGCCGGAAACGCUACGACUGCAAAGCGGUAACGAUAUGCUCACUCAGAGGAUGCGGAGCUCUUCUCAUCAUUCAACUAGAGCUAGUAGCCGUCGGGCCACAGUUAAAUAUGAUAACCCGCAGUCAAUCCAAACAGAUUUAGAGCGGUUAACCGCCAACCAUCGGCCUAAUACCUCUGCAGAAUUUAGUGAAAUAGAGAGCAUAUCCAGUGAACCCAAUGCUGAUAUGUCUGUAUAUGAAGUUGAAAAUAAUUAUGUGGACACCAGCCAUCCAGAGCUUUCACAUUUGCGUUCUCAUGAUCAAAGAACAGCGGAAGAACUACUACGAAUUGAAUCGCACCGCCUAAUGAAUGUAUCGAAGGAGCUACAUGAUGCUCAAGAAACAGAAGGAUCUAAAUUCAGCAUUAAAAAAUUAGGAAUGACAUUGUAUUUCUACCUCAUCAAACCUUUAAAGUCGCUAUGCUUCUUUAAGUAUCCUCCAGUUCUAAUUACCAUCAUCUGCUGCUCUUUUGUGUUUGCGUCCCUCCAGUAUAUCAACAUGAUAUUGGUGUAUUGCUAUUCUAGACCACCGUACAAUUUUAAAACGCUGUACAUUGGUUUAGUAUAUAUCCCCAACUCCUUAACCUAUAUGAUUGCAUCGUAUUUCGGAGGACGUUGGAUUGACGCUAGGCUGAUAAAGAAAAGGGAAGCUACCGGACAACUUAUCCCCGAAUCCCGUUUAUCUUGGAAUAUCGUCUUAGCAUUUAUAGGAUUUCCAAUUGCUAUGCUUUCAAUCGGCUGGUGUUUACACAUGAAAGUACAUUGGGUCUACGCUCUUAUUGGUACUGCCAUAUUUGGCUUUUGUUCCAUGGUCAUGAUAGGGACAACAAUGACAUAUCUCGUCGAUUCUCUCCCAGGUAAAGGCUCCACAGCUGUUGCUUUGAAUAAUUUCGCCAGAACACUUUUAGCUGCGAUUGCAGUCUUCAAUGUGGACCCAAUGCUGCGAACCUUAGGGCCUGGUUGGUCGCUGACACUUUAUUUAUUUUGCGUUAUGAUAAGUAUUACAGCACUUAUUAUAGUGAAGAAAAGAGGCCAAUAUUGGAGAGAUAAUUAUAACCUAAAAAGACUGUACCAAUUCUCAUCGUAA